AUGCUUUCAAGAGCAAUCUUAAGAUCUAUACGGGUGCCAGUAUUGAGGGUUUACUCGACGGCCCAGCCACCCUCUUUAAUACUGAAAUUGAGAAACGAUCUCAAGGAUGCUAUGCGAAACAAAGAUACCAAUAGGCUUAAUGUUAUUCGAGGAAUUCUUUCAGACAUAAGUAAUGCCUCCAAGACAACCAACCCUCCUUCAACAGACCUCGACAUCCUUGCUCUGAUUAACGAGACAAAGACAAAGUCCGCAGCUUCCAUCGCCGAAUUUCGUGAAGCAGGGAGAGAAGACUUGGUCGAAAAGGAGACUGGACAGGUUACUAUCUUGGAUAUAUAUGCUGGGAUGGUUCAGAGAGUAGGGAAAGAGGAGAUCACGGCUGUAGUAAAUGGGGUUAUCAGGGCUGCGAAGGAAGCUGGGGAAAAGGUUGAUAUCGGCAAUGUCAUCAAGAAGGCCCUUGCCGAGCUGGCUGGAAAGCCGUUAGUGAAAGCUGAGGUUGUGGCGAUUGCUAAAGAAGCAAUCAAAACUGCCUAGGUGCUGAUAGGCAUGCAGGUCAAGGCUAUGAUAGAGGGAGGCACAAUCAGAGAACAGUUUCCCGUCUAAAUUCCUGAACUCUGCGCCCAUGUGAUUGGACAAAGUACUGUAUAAUUUACAAGACACCUUGCGCAUAUCAGGUAUAGGAUUUAUUGUGUAUUACCAUCUCCCCUAGCCCAUGCAACUUAUAUCAUAUCUCUAUUCAAGCCUAGAUGUAUCAUACAGAAAGUUCUCAAAGCCAGAAUGAAGAGAAAAGGAAACGAAACCUAAAA